AUGGGUUCUGCCACAAGAAGAUGCUUCUACCUUCUACUGGGCUGCAUGAUUUUGAUCAAUCUGGUUAAUGCUGAUUUUGAAUUUCAAAAGGGAGUGCUUGCCAGCGUCAGCCCUGGGAUCUCUGAAGACAUUGAUCUCCAGUGUUGGAAUGCAUGCUCUUUGACAUUGAUAGAGCUCAAGGAAAUCAAGAUAGAGCACAAUGUGGACGCUUUCUGGAAUUUCAUGUUGUUCUUGCAAAAAUCCCAGUGGCCCAGACAUUAUAAUGUGUUCUUAAACAUAGCUCAGGAUUUCUGGGACAUGUAUGUAGACUGUUUGCUUUCAAGAUCUCAUGGAAUGGGCAGAAGACAGGUGAUGCCCUCCAAGUAUAAUUUCCCACAGAAGAUAACAGGAGGUAAUCUAAUUAUAUACUUAAAAGAAUAG